CAAGUUAUCAUAACUUUGUGCCGUGCCAUUUAUUGACGCUAUAAUAUAAGUAAAACAAUAUCAAAUAAUAGUAAUAAUACAGUUGAGUGUUUACAAAUUACUGAAUUUCAUAAAAGUUUUUAUUUUUAUAACGAAUUAUUUCGAAAAAGUAAAAUGUAUAAAGUUCCUCAAAAAGUACAGAAGGUUAUGGUACAACCUAUUAACCUUAUCUUCCGACACUUGCAAAAUCGUGCUAAAGUACAAGUGUGGCUUCAGGAAAAAAUUCAUUUAAGAAUUGAAGGACAUAUCGUGGGUUUUGAUGAAUACAUGAAUUUGGUCUUGGAUGAAGCUUGUGAAGUUAACACUAAAGUUGACUCACGCAAACCUGUUGGCCGCAUAUUAUUGAAAGGAGAAAACAUUACACUUAUACAAAACAUGACCCCAUCUAUCGGAUAAAACAAAAACUGUCUGAAAAAAAAUUUCCUUUAUUUA